AUGCAGACUCCUAGUCCAUCAACUUCAUCUCCAUCAUCACCAGAUCGAUGCAGCUCUGAAGGUUCCACCAAGUUUACAACGUCACCACCAUGUGGGAAUCACAACGUCGAUCCGAUCAACCAUCCAAGAGCGCUUGGAAAGCUACUUAGUCCGCCAAAAUCGGAGGUCAAAGUGUGCGCGUCAUCUCCAGUAAACGAUAACCAGACAUGGGAUAUCAGCGAUCCAACAACAUGGCCUAUCCUGCAUCUUCCAUUCCACAUGAAACCGGGCUGCAGUGCGCCGACGUACAUUGACGAGCUACUCGUACACGUUUACUACAUGGGUGCAGGCGCAAGGCUGCUAAGGGAACUAUUGUUCAGGGCGAUCGAGGAAGUGGAAAGGGAGGAGGAUAAGGUAGCAAUCGAGCGCACAGCGUUCUUAUGCUGGCCUUUCAACGUGACUGCGAACGGGUAUUGGAAGGACAAGGGCGGUAUGACGAAGGAAGAUUUGGAUGCAUGGAGGACGAUGAAAGCCAGAAACAACUUUCGCUUCUGCACCCUUGAGUAA